CUCUCUCUCUUAAUCCAAUACCCCAUCUCAUGGCGGCGACCGCCGUGGCGACGAUUUCCUUGGCUACCUCGUCCACCCCUCCCGCCUCCCGCGCCAAAAUCCAGAAACCAGCGCCCGGAACCCUGGUCCUCGGAUCCUCCGCCGCCUCGCUGUCGUCGUCCUCCAUAUCGCUGCGGCACGUCGUGCCGGCCGGACGGGGUGGCGGCCGCGGCGCCGCCUUCGGUGCUCGGAUGGUGUCGAUGCCCUCUGUCGAGAAGCCCCCGCCGUCACUCGACUUCGAGACGUCGGUUUUCAAGAAGGAGAAGAUUACCCUUGCCGGCCACGACGAGUACAUUGUUAAAGGUGGAAGGGAUUUGUUCUACUUGUUGCCGGACGCAUUCAAGGGGAUCAAACAGAUUGGGGUGAUCGGAUGGGGAUCUCAGGGCCCUGCACAAGCACAGAAUUUGAGGGAUUCACUUGUGGUGGCAAAGUCCGACAUUGUGGUCAAGAUUGGUCUGAGGAAAGGUUCUCGUUCUUUUGAUGAAGCACGUGCAGCUGGAUUCACCGAAGAAAAUGGAACUUUGGGUGAUAUCUGGGAGACAGUUGCAGGCAGCGAUCUUCUUCUGCUGCUGAUUUCUGAUGCUGCACAGGCAGACAAUUAUGAAAAAGUAUUCUCUCAUAUGAAACCAAACAGCAUUCUGGGGCUGUCACAUGGUUUCCUUCUAGGGCACUUGCAGUCCCUCGGCCUUGAUUUCCCCAAGAACAUCAGUGUAAUUGCUGUGUGCCCCAAGGGAAUGGGUCCAUCAGUGAGAAGGUUAUAUGUUCAGGGUAAAGAGAUAAAUGGUGCUGGGAUUAAUUCUAGUUUUGCUGUACACCAGGAUGUUGAUGGCAGGGCAGUGGAUGUUGCUCUUGGAUGGUCAGUUGCUCUAGGAUCUCCUUUUACAUUUGCUACGACAUUGGAGCAGGAGUAUAAGAGUGAUAUUUUUGGAGAGCGCGGUAUUUUGCUUGGUGCUGUGCAUGGAAUUGUGGAAGCAUUAUUUAGAAGGUACACCGAGAAUGGAAUGAGUGAAGAGCUUGCUUACAAGAACACUGUUGAGUGCAUCACAGGAAUCAUAUCAAAGACCAUUUCAACAAAGGGGAUGCUCUCUGUAUAUAGUGCUUUGACCGAAGAGGGGAAGAAAGAAUUCAAUGCUGCAUAUAGUGCAUCAUACUAUCCUUGCAUGGAUAUAUUGUAUGAAUGCUAUGAGGAUGUUGCCUGUGGAAGUGAAAUCUGCAGUGUUGUAUUAGCUGGACGGCGCUUCCAGGAAAAGGAAGGGCUUCCAGCUUUCCCAAUGGGUAAAAUCGAUCAAACACGAAUGUGGAAAGUUGGCGAGCGAGUUCGUGCUACACGUCCUGCAGGUGAUUUGGGCCCCCUACAUCCCUUUACAGCUGGAGUUUAUGUAGCUUUGAUGAUGGCUCAGAUUGAAAUCUUAAGAAAGAAAGGGCAUUCUUACUCUGAGAUCAUCAACGAGAGCGUAAUCGAAUCUGUGGAUUCCCUGAAUCCUUUCAUGCAUGCUCGUGGGGUGUCAUUCAUGGUGGACAAUUGUUCUACUACUGCACGACUGGGAUCGAGAAAAUGGGCCCCGCGUUUUGACUACAUCCUCACACAGCAGGCAUUUGUCUCAGUGGAUAAAAACAGAUCUAUCAAUCAGGACCUUAUCAGCAACUACUUGUACGAUCCAGUUCAUGAUGCCAUAGGAGUAUGCGCACAACUGAGGCCGACUGUUGAUAUAUCAGUGCCUCCCGAUGCAGAUUUUGUCCGUCCAGAACUGCGACAAUCGAGCAACUAGGAUCCGAGGUGAGUUUCUGAUGGUACUAUUUUGGCAUGUCUGAGGGCUAUAUCACAGGUUUAGCUUAGUCGAGGUGUAGUUUUGUUCGGGAGUUUAUGAGAUGCAGGGUCUAGUUCUCCGAACAACCCGAACUUUAUGCUAUCCAUGCUUCGAAGUGCCAGAAUAAAUUAGCCCUCCUUUUCAAA